UCUCUGCGACGCACAUGGUGGGGUGAAAUUGAAAGCUGCCAUAUUUUGAGACAUAUUUUUCCCUCUAAGUUUUGGUGAGCCAUAUCAGUUUGUUAAACUGCGGAGAAGCUCAAGGCUGCGCUGCCGAGAUGGCUGUUUAGCUCGGCUAGCUAGCGUUAGCUGGUGGUGUAAACAAACACCAGUCUGCAGAGAAACAACUGCUACAUCUUUCAUGGUUUGUUCAGAAGAUCGGGUCAACAUCUCAUUUUGUUAGGAACUAUAUAACUUUACAAACCACUUUAUUUGGCAGCAAAAAGCCGACUUAAGCCGCAUGUCUGCGAGUUUAGCGACUUGACUUGAGUUUUGAUGACGGUGCGAGUUUGUCCAAAAUAGCUCGGAGCUUAGUUGCUUUGGAGCAGGUCGGAGUCCGCUGUAGUGGAAGCAGACACACCAGAACCGGUCGGCAUGUCGUCCUUCUCCGAGUCUGCCCUGGAAAAGAAGCUGUCCGAGCUGAGCAGCUCGCAGCAGAGCGUCCAGACCCUGUCUCUGUGGAUUAUCCACCACCGCAAACACUCGGGCCUCAUCGUCAAAGUGUGGCACCGAGAGCUCAAGAAAGCUAAAAGCAACAGGAAGUUGACGUUCCUGUAUCUGGCUAAUGAUGUCAUCCAGAACAGCAAGAAGAAAGGACCAGAGUUCACCAAAGACUUUGAGUCUGUCCUUGUAGAUGCCUGUUCUCAUGUAGCCAGUGAAACGGAUGACGGCUGUAAAAAGCAAAUGGAGAGGCUGCUAAACAUCUGGAAGGAACGAAGCCUUUACAGAGGUGACUUUAUUCAGCAGCUCAAACUGGCCAUAGAAGACUCAAACAGCCCCAGGCCCUCAGAAGACAAGAAGGCUAUAAAACGAAGCUAUCAGAAGAUUCAAGAAGAUGAAUAUGAUGAGGACGAUGACUACAGAAGCCACGCAUCUCCUCACAGCACAGAGGCUUCUGCAAACCAGCUGACGGAGGAGCUGGUGAAAGCCCUGCAGGACCUGGAGAACGCAGCGUCAGGUGAUGCAGCUGUUCGUCAGAAGAUCGCCUCGCUGCCGCAGGAAGUCCAGGAUGUUUCCCUGCUGGAGAAGAUCACAGACAAAGAGGCUGCAGACAAACUGUCAAAAACUGUGGAUGAAGCCUGUUUGCUGCUGGCUGAGUAUAACGGGCGUCUGGCAGCAGAGCUGGAGGACCGCAGGCAGCUGGCUCGUAUGCUGACUGAAUACAUCGGCAGCCAGAAGGAGGCGCUCGCAGAAAGGGAGAAGAAACUGGAUGAGUACAAGCAGAAACUGGCGAGAGUGACUCAUGUAAGAAAAGAGCUCAAGUCCCACAUCCAGAGUCUCCCGGAUCUGUCCCUUCUGCCCAACGUUACCGGAGGUCUGGCCCCUCUUCCAUCUGCGGGAGACCUCUUCUCCACUGACUGACAGCUAACAGUCCAACCAAACUACUGCUGUGCCCCUCCCCAGCCAAACUCAGUCCUGUUUUAUUAGCAAAGAUGCUUCCUGCAGUGUCUGCAGCCAGAAAGCACAUGUGGUCAAACGUGUCGCAGAAGAGAAGCUAACUCAAACUCAAAGAGGAAGAUGGAAGAGACUUGAAUAAUAAGGCUUGGUGAAAUCUGAAUAAUCUGCAGGGAGAACGGACUCUUUCAGACUGCACUGAUCCCCAAGAUUCUACUCCACCAGCCUGGAAGUUUGUUUCCUGAUUGUUUUUAUUUUUGUUUUAAAUGCUGGAAUUGGUGUUUGAAUAAAAGCGACCUCCUCUGUGAUACAUCUUUCAAUUCAAUAAGCAAAGGUGGGCUGGUGGUUGUGGCUGCACUGUGAAAAAAAAAAUACCAUUUAGUUAAUUUUUGUGGAAGAGGGAAUUUGAACGUAGUUGCUUAUUCAUACUGGUUCACAUUGAUGUUUUACUGAGUACAGUCAUGGAAAAGAUCACACUGGGUUCAUCCUAUGAUGUUUUUAGUUUGUUUUGUUGGCUGUUACACCACACAAAUCAGAAAUUCACUCAGUCGUCUAAAUUAACUGGAUUUAUGGGACAACAACAUGUGGGAAAAUACUUUGGAGUCGAUGCUCUGUGUGCAGCGUGAACCAAUUUUCAUGCUUUAGUUUCAACAAAUUCUUGACGUGAGAAGCUGAUAAUGUUUUGUGUUUUGAAUUUUGAAAAACCCAAUCAGACCAUUUAAGAAAAGGUUUUCUUUCUAAGAAAUUGUUAGGCUCUAUCUAGGAAAAGUAACAUUUGACAAGUGACUGAGGUCAGUAUUUUGUUUGUUGGCCUGAGAUAUGAAGCAAAGAAAAACCAAAGAAUGUUUUUUUUUUUAAUUUUACUACAAUUUGACUUAAACAAAUCAGGACAGGUUUUCAAAAGAGCAAGGUCAACUUUUAAUUUAUAUUUUCAUGUAUUAAGACAAAUGUGCACAUCAUUUCACUGUAUGUCCCUAAUGAUCAAUAAUAACAAAACUAUCUGUCCUACUUGUUUACCAGUUUGCAUGUUUAAAUUAAUUUCCUUUAAUCUUGUUUUUUUUUGGUUAUAGAAAAAUAAUUCACAUGACAAUUCCAGUAUUUUAGAAAUUUAGUUCAGAUGACUAAUCCUUAGUUAUUCAGUUUGAGAUGAUUUUCUGGACUCUGUUUAGAUGAUUUUUGAUUUUCUGUCCACAGACAGGAAAAAUGCAUUUAUUGACAAAGUGCUAUAACAUUUUAUCACAGUAAUUUUUGUGUUUGUAAACACUGAUGUCUUCUGCCUGGUUGAAAACAUAUUUAAAAUAAGUUGAAGAUGGACAACUCCAGUUUUUGUCAAAUUAAGAGAUUCAGUUGAAGUGUGAUAGCUGAAAAACAAAUGUUUGACUUUUAUAACGAUCCCCAGUGAACUGUACACCAGGAAGAAUUCUGUAAACAAGUUAAUCAAUGAGCUCACCUGUUGAUAGUAUUUAGAUAUUUUCUUACCCACCUGCUGUUUGGUAUGUGCUUCUCUUUUUAGAGCAGUGCUGUACGAGCAGGACGCUACUCGUAGUGUUUCUUUUAUAAAAGUGAUUUCAGUG